AUGGAGAAAGAAACAAAUCAACCAUGUUAUUUAGAAUUAGCCAGUUCAAUUGUUUUUAUGGAUGAAUUGAAACAAAAAUAUGAAACCAUGUCUGAAAUUAUGAAGCAAAAACUGAUAGUAUUCGAAGCAACAACUGAACAAGUCGAAAAUGUUGAAUUCAAUAGACUAAAAUCAAAAGAUGAUGCAAAACUAUCGAAAAUAUAUAAUGUAGUAAUUGUUUGUUGUCCUGAUGAUGCACCAUCCGCGCAUACUCUGGCUGAUCGUUUGAUCGAUGACGGUUAUUUAGUUUGUGUCAAUGAUACGAAUCAAUUGUCAUUGAUUGUUGGUACCAAUUUUGAGAAAACUGAUCUUUUAUUAAUUUAUUUCAGUAAAGAAUAUUGUGAAAAUGCUGAUCGUAUGGCACAACUUGAACUUAUUAGAGCUUCCGGAAAGAAACUAAUACCAAUUCUCGUUACAAAUAGUAUUUCAAAUCAAAAUAUAGAUUGUCUUCAUACGAUGACUACUAUCGAUGUCUUCUAUAAAUCGUUUAAGCAAGAAAUCCAAUUUGAAUUGAAUGAUUUUAACAGUUUCGAUUAUGACAAAUUAUUAAUAGAGUUGGUAAGUAAUUACAUGAAAAAAAAAUAG